GAGACGAGAGCAAAGUGAAUAUGACAGCAAAACAACACCGAAGGGGGAGUGAACUUCUAGACACCCGUCAUAUUUCUGAAGAAACGUUACAGUAAUCCCUUCUAACAGUGUACGGUUUCACAGCAACUGAAAGCUGACUGGUGUCCUCUAAGACCGGUAGAUGUCCACGCCGUCAGACACGUCAGGUGGCAUGUCCCAUCCUGGCCCAUCACCAGGGGCAGGCCUGUCCCCAGGGCCCAUCUUGGGCCCCAGCCCCGGACCUGACCCCUCACCAGGUUCUGUUCACAGCAUGAUGGGCCCCAGUCCUGGACCAGGGACACCCAAUGCACCGCACGGCAUGCAGGCCCAGGGACAAAGCGAUUACUCUCAGGACAACAUGUAUCCUAUGCAUAAGCCCAUGGAGGCGGCCAUGAACGAUAAGACGAUGGCCGAGGCGAUGCACUUCGGACACAUGAAAGGUGUCGGCAUGCGAUCCCUGCACAGCGGCAUGGGGCCUCCUCAGAGCCCGAUGGACCAGCACAGCCAAGGAUACAUGUCUCCACAUCCAUCCCCCAUGGGAAUCCAUGAGCAUGCCUCCAGCCCCAUGUCCGGAGGUGGAGGCGGGCCGACCCCGCCCCACAUGCCUCCAUCCCAGCCCGGCCCCAUGAUGUCCAUGGACCCUCAGGGAGGCAUGGCCAGCAUGUCGGGGAUGGGCCAGCCGGGGCGCGGCCCCUCCUCCUUCAGCCCCGUCCAGCUGCAGCAGCUCAGGGCGCAGAUCCUGGCCUAUAAGAUCCUGGCCCGCGGGCAGCCGCUGCCCGAGAACCUCCAGCUGGCUGUUCAGGGCAAAAGGAGCCUACCCACGAUGCAACAGCAGCAGCAGGCGCCGCUGCCGCCGCAGCAGCAGCAGCCGCAACCGCAACAACCACAACAACCACAGCAGCAGCAGCAGCCGCAGCAGCAGCAGCAGCAGCAAGCAUCUGGUGCUAGUCCAUACAGGCCUUCAGGUAUGUCGAUGGCUCCCAUGAGCGGCCCCCAAUCAAGCCCCUGCCCAACACCAGCACUGCAAGGACACAAUCAAAGCACCGGACCCAAGCCUUGGACUGACGGUCAAGCCAGUGACAAUCAAGCACAGAAGCACCUAACCCCGGUCCCCAGUGGCCGCCCGUCUCCCGCUCCGCCCCAGGCGCCUGUGGGGGCCCCGGGCCCAGUACCGGGGGGUUCAGGGGCCGGUCACCCUUCAGGGCAGCAGGUGUCCCCCAUGCUGCAAAUGCAGCAGAAACAGAACCGGAUCACCCCGGUCCAGAAGCCCCAGGGGUUGGACCCGGUGGGAAUCCUGCAGGAGCGAGAGUUCAGGCUGCAGGCCCGGAUCGCUCAUCGGAUCCAGGAGCUGGAGAGUCUGCCCGGCUCUUUGCCUCCAGACCUCCGAACUAAAGCGACGGUGGAGCUCAAGGCGCUGCGGCUGCUCAACUUCCAGCGGCAGCUGAGGCAGGAUGUGGUGGCGUGUAUGAGGCGCGACACGACCCUGGAGACGGCCCUCAACUCGAAGGCCUACAGGCGCAGCAAGCGGCAGACGCUCAGGGAGGCGCGCAUGACGGAGAAGCUGGAGAAGCAGCAGAAACUGGAGCAGGAGAAGAAGCGUCGACAGAAGCAUCAGGAAUAUCUCAACAGUAUUCUUCAACAUGCCAAGGACUUUAAGGAAUACCACCGCUCGGUGUCCGGGAAAAUCCAGAAACUCACCCGAGCCGUCGCCACCUGGCACACAAACACUGAGCGCGAGCAGAAAAAGGAGACGGAGCGGCUGGAGAAGGAGAGGAUGAAGAAGCUGCUGGAAGAGGAUGAGGAAGGCUAUCGAAAACUCAUUGACCAGAAGAAGGACAAGCGUCUGGCCUACCUGCUGCAGCAGACGGAUGAAUACGUGGCCAACCUCACGACUCUGGUGUACGAACACAAAGCCGCUCAGGCUGCCAAGGAAAAAAAGAGAAGGAAGACGAAAAAGAAGAAGGUGGAAGGAGACGGUGAAGGUACCAGCGCCAUUGGACCGGAUGGCGAGCCCAUGGAUGAGAGCAGCCAGAUGAGCGAGCUGCCAGUUAAAGUGAUCCAGACGGAGACCGGGAAGGUUCUGCAGGGGACCGAUGCCCCCAAGUCCAGCCAGCUGGAGGCUUGGCUGGAGAUGAACCCUGGGUAUGAAGUCGCUCCACGUUCAGACAGCGAGGAAAGCGGCUCAGAGUUCGAGGAAGAGGACGAAGAGGAAAUGGGCAAGGCGGAAACGGAGGAGAAAAAGAAAAUUGAUCCCAACAAAGAGGCUGAGAACGACGCCAAGAACGUCAUCGAGUCGGCCAAACAAGACGUGGACGAUGAGUACAGCGUCCCCACUGGGCAGACCAGCUCCCAGUCGUACUACGGCGUGGCGCACGCCGUCAUCGAGAAGGUGGAGAAGCAGUCGUCUCUGCUGAUCAACGGCAUGCUCAAACAGUACCAGAUCCAGGGUCUGGAGUGGAUGGUGUCCCUCUACAACAACGACCUGAACGGCAUCCUGGCUGAUGAAAUGGGCCUGGGGAAGACCAUCCAGACCAUCGCCCUCAUCACCUACCUGAUGGAGCACAAGAGGCUCAACGGCCCCUAUCUCAUCAUCGUUCCUCUCUCGACUUUGUCCAACUGGGUUUAUGAACUUGACAAAUGGGCUCCUUCUGUGGUCAAAAUUGCUUACAAGGGAACUCCUGGUCUGCGUCGGGGUCUCGUCCCUCAGCUCCGCAGCGGCAAGUUUAACGUCCUCAUAACGACGUACGAGUACAUAAUCAAGGACAAACACAUCCUGGCGAAGAUCCGCUGGAAGUACAUGAUCGUGGACGAGGGCCACCGCAUGAAGAACCACCACUGUAAGCUGACGCAGGUGCUGAACACCCACUACGUGGCUCCGCGCCGCCUGCUGCUCACCGGGACGCCGCUGCAGAACAAGCUGCCGGAGCUCUGGGCCUUGCUCAACUUCCUGCUGCCCACCAUCUUUAAAAGCUGCAGCACCUUUGAGCAGUGGUUCAACGCGCCGUUCGCCAUGACUGGAGAGAGGGUCGACCUUAACGAGGAAGAGACCAUCCUGAUCAUCCGCCGUCUGCAUAAGGUGCUGCGCCCGUUUCUGCUCCGCAGGCUGAAGAAGGAGGUGGAGUCUCAGCUGCCCGAGAAAGUGGAAUACGUCAUAAAAUGCGACAUGUCUGCGAUCCAGAGGGUGCUCUACCGCCACAUGCAGAAAGGCAUCCUGCUGACCGACGGCUCGGAGAAAGACAAGAAGGGCAAAGGCGGAGCUAAGACUCUGAUGAACACCAUCAUGCAGCUGAAGAAGAUCUGCAACCAUCCAUACAUGUUCCAGCACAUAGAGGAGUCUUUUGCUGAGCACUUGGGUUACCCGAAUGGCAUCAUCAAUGGGCAUGAUCUGUACAGAGCUUCUGGGAAGUUUGAGCUCCUUGAUCGGAUCCUGCCAAAGCUGCAUGCCACUGGACACAGAGUCCUGCUGUUCUGCCAGAUGACGUCUCUGAUGACAAUCAUGGAGGAUUACUUCAGCUAUCGCAACUUCCAGUAUCUGCGCCUGGAUGGAACCACCAAAUCCGAGGACCGAGCUGCACUCCUAAAGAAAUUUAACGAGGAAGGGUCUCAGUACUUCAUCUUCCUCCUCAGUACCAGAGCCGGUGGGCUGGGGCUCAACCUGCAGGCCGCCGACACGGUCGUCAUCUUUGACAGCGACUGGAACCCGCACCAGGACCUGCAGGCCCAGGAUCGGGCUCACCGCAUCGGGCAGCAGAACGAGGUCCGCGUUCUGCGCCUCUGCACCGUCAACAGCGUGGAAGAGAAGAUCCUGGCUGCUGCCAAAUACAAACUGAACGUGGAUCAGAAAGUCAUCCAGGCCGGCAUGUUCGACCAGAAAUCCUCCAGCCACGAGCGUCGCGCCUUCCUGCAGGCCAUUUUAGAGCACGAGGAGCAGAACGAGGAUGAAGACGAGGUCCCUGAUGAUGAAACGCUCAACCAGAUGAUAGCGCGUAAUGAAGACGAAUUCGAUCUGUUCAUGCGCAUGGACAUGGACCGUCGGCGCGAGGACGCCCGGAACCCGAAGCGUAAGCCUCGUCUGAUGGAAGAAGACGAGCUGCCGUCGUGGAUCAUCAAGGACGACGCCGAGGUGGAGAGGCUCACCUACGAGGAAGAGGAGGAGAAGAUGUUUGGCCGAGGGUCGCGCUGCCGGCGAGACGUGGACUACAGCGACACGCUGACCGAGAAACAGUGGCUGAGAGCCAUUGAGGACGGGAACCUGGAGGAGAUGGAGGAGGAAAUCCGCUCGAAGAAGCGUAAACGCAAACGGCGUCAGGACAAAGACUCGUCCAGCAGAGACGACGGCGGCAUGAAGGCCAAGAAGAGGCGAGGGCGACCGCCGGCCGAGAAGCUGUCGCCCAACCCGCCCAAACUCACCAAGCAGAUGAACACCAUCAUCGACACAGUCAUCAACUACAGAGACGGGUCAGGCAGGCAGCUCAGUGAGGUGUUUGUGCAGCUGCCGUCCAGGAAGGAGCUGCCAGAAUAUUACGAGCUGAUAAGAAAACCCGUCGACUUCAAGAAGAUCAAGGAGCGUGUGAGAAACCAUAAAUACCGGAGUUUGAGCGACCUUGAGAAGGACGUGAUGCUUCUGUGUCAGAACGCACAAACCUUCAACCUGGAGGGAUCCCAGAUAUACGAGGACUCCAUUGUUCUCCAGUCUGUUUUCAAGAGUGCCAGACAGAAGAUUGCCAAGGACGAAGACAGCGAGGAUGACAGUGAUGAGGAUGAUGAUGAUGACUAUGACUCAGAGGCCGAAGCCAAGUCUGUGCGGGUGAAGAUCAAGCUGGGUCGGGAAGGACGUGGCCACGACAAAGGCAAGAAGAGGCAAAGCCGCGGAAAGGCCAAGCCGGUGGUGAGCGACGACGACAGCGACGACGACCAGGACGAUAACGAUCAGUCGGAUAAAAGCAAAAGCGACGACGACUGAGGAGGACCAGCUGCAGCAGCACCAGCUGCAGUAGCAGAAGCAUCUGCAGCAGCAGCAGCUGCAGCAGCUGCAGCAGCAUCUGCAGCAGCGUGAGGAUGUUGAGCUUUAAAAAAAGAGCAAUAUCUUCAUUUUCUACAGAGCUUCAUGCUGUUUUCUCUGUUUUUGUUUGUAGUGCGUUUUAUCUUCUCUGUCAUCACCUUUAAAAUCUAUUACUAAUCAAUCAGUAACUUACAGCAAUGCCAAUCAGCUUAUCAUCUUGUUUUUUGGAGUUUUCUAGUAUAUUUUUAUGUCUGGCACAGAAGAAAUUCUCUAUGAAAAACAAAGACGCACAUUUGGUCGUUUUAUGAAUUCAUCUUAAAGUUUGUGAAUAUUCCCCACAUUAAUAUAAGAAAUAAAAAUUGAUAUAUUAGUGAGUUUGUUUUCACACUCAUGGGGAGGAGAAACAGUUUCAGGUUUUCUUUAUUUUCAUGUUUUGGUGCUUGAAAUGGUAAAAAUGAAAAAAAUCCUGUUUUUUCCCAAAUGCAGCCACUUUAACCAAUCCAACUUUAACUGGGCUUUAAAAACGUUUAGUGUUACGCAAUUUUCUUUGUUUCAUGUUUUAAUUGUCUUGGAAAGUCAACAAUAUUGAUAAUUACAGUUAAAAUAUAUUUCAGCUGCCAUUCUGUCUAAAAACAUCUAAUUUGACCACAAAAUUUAUUAUAAUUCUUAAUUAUAUUCCAUUAUAAUGAAUAAUUGCUUGGUUAUUAUAUUCUAAACAGGAAUUCAAUCAGCUUCAAAGUAUAUUUUAGUUACUUUUACUGUUACUUUAUUUAGAAAAUAAAAACUGCUACAAUGAGCUGAAAAAAAGUAUUUACCUCCUUUACAGAUUUUAUUUUGUUUUUUUUUUGUCAAAUUAAAUAUUUCAGAUCAAAAUAAUUUUAAUAGAGUAAAUAAAAUAAAAAACAAUGCAAAGAUUGUUGUUUUAACAAACAGUUUUUCUAUUUACUCUAUUUUUAUCUUUUACAUGAGAAGUAUUUUACUUCUCAUGUAAAGUACAUUAGAAGUAAUGUAAUUACGUCUAAUGUGUUUUUUUGUUUUUUUUCCUGUGUAAAAAAAACAAAAAAAAUAUCCAGCAGGCUAUUUUUUUUUUUUGUCGUUUCAAAAUGCCAAGCUACAGUACAAAACGCUUCUGAUUUUUAAAGAAUAAUAAUAGAAACGUACACUUUAUUGUAAAUUACUUUAACAGCUGGUAUACAGAUGGAAACGAGUAUUUUAUUAAAUAACUGCUCCUUUCCUGAAAAGCUAUUAAAAUCUGAUCUUUAAAAUUUCUAAAAUAAUAUAAAUCUUUUAUUUUAACGUGAAAGUGGAUAAAAUAAAAGAUUUUAAAAAAAUAAACUUUUCUCUUUAGACGUAAACAAACAGGCACAACCAUAAAACCAUUUUUAAAGUUGAUGAAAUAUCUCGAGUUGAAACAUGAAAUUCAGACGGUUAGAAAUGCAGUCCGCUUUUUUUUAGUUUUUAUUUUAUGAAUGACAAACAUCUUUACAUGUUAUUUUAUAAGCUUCUAUGUUCAUUAUAUUCUGGUAGUUUUAAAAAUGUUAAACACUUUUUCCAGUUCCUUUCUUGUUUAUUAUAAGAAAUGUCUGUUGUUUAAAUCACUGCAUUGUAACGGACAGCAGCUUCGUAAGGAAACGUUUCGCCUCAAAGCGAGUUGCAUGAAAACUAAACGGCGUCUCUCUGGUUUCUGAAGGGAAUAAAAGCCCCUUUCAAAGCAGAA